UCCCACUUUUCGCCAACGAGCCUGGCAUUAUUCCUCAUGGCGUCGCGCGUGCUUGCGCUGACUUUGCCACCUCGUUUGCGACCGCCUCUCACGAGCAGCAGCUUUUUUCGAGGCUCUCUUUCACUCGCAUUAAGGACCAGUAAUCCACGCCUGUCGCGAAUUUCGCCAUCCCAAGAAGAGCUCACGGGGCGCGUCUGUCGGCUGCCGCGCACAACAGGACUCGACGCAGAGUCGAUCCACGGCGAUCUGCGUCCUCUUAUCGGAGACGCUUCGAACGCGGGCAUGCGGGUGGAUUUCUUGUCCCCGGUUGCGAUUUCCGCCGAGGGUUUCGGGUUUAGCAGGGUGAACAGGGCGAAUAGCAGCCGAAACAUACACUGCUGUGCGUACACCGGAGGGGAUAAUAGCCGUGCAGCGUGGUCCAGCAGCAAAUUCUCGUCUGGGCGUGACAGUGAGCGGGGUCGUGGGAGGCAAGCAGCAGGCGGACGAAGCGGUAGAAGCAGCAGCAGCAGCAGCCGCAGCAGCCGAGAAGGGUACAGUAGGGAGCAGACGGCUUGGCGGGAGGACGGCGAUGAGGAUGGUGAUUCAAGGCGCGAGGAAGGAAUGGGAGGACGGCGCGGCGGCGACCGCGACCGUGACCGCGGGCGUGCAGCGGAGAGGUCAUACGAUGACGGUGGUGACUGGAGCAGGAGGAGCAGUAGCGCGAGAGGCGGCGGUAGAAGCGGGAGCGGCGGUAGCAACCGCAGUGGGAGCAGAAAUGAUAACGGAUAUUCAGCUUCAGCUUCCCGCAGUGACGAAAGAAAUCGCUCUGGUUACUCCAACUCCCGCCCAUCCUCGGACUUCGCCUCGCCUGGUCGCGAUCGACCCACAGCGAACGGCAGGUCGCUGUCGCACACGCGAGAUGGGCGACCGGUUCGCGAACCUCGCGACGCGCAGGCGAUUCUUCUGCGACACGGCGUAGAGGUGGACGAGGAGGUUCGCGAGUUGCGGCGACAGCGGCAGCAGCGGUACGAGCAGAGCCAGCGGGAUCAGAGCUCGUUCCGCUCGAGGGACCCGCAACAGCAGCAGCAAGAGAAACGCCAGCAGCGCGAUUCUUUUGGCCCGCGACGAUCGUUCGCAUCACCAUCAUCGUCCGACUCUGCUCGCAAUUCCUCUUCCCGGAGGAUGAUUGACUCGCGUUCCCCUCCCCGCGCUGCUUCCGCUGCCCCCGCUUCCCCGCCUCUAGACAAGGUGUACCCGCCUCCGCCCGCCAACGAGCGACCGUGGUCGGCGGGCGACGCGGCGGCGGCGCGGCAGGCGGAGAAGGAGGCGGAGAGGCUGGCGCAGCAGGAGGCGCGGCUGCAGCGGGAGCUGGCGCGGGAGGUGGCGGAGCGACAGGCGGAACGACUGGCGGCGCAGAAGGAGAACCAGCAGCGGCAGAAGGAGCAGACGGAGAAGCUGCGCGCGGAGGCGCGGGGAGAGGCGCAGCAGGGGGAUGCGGGGCAAGGGGGGGCGGGGAGGGCUGGGGGUGAUGCGGAAGCAGAGGGGAUGGGCGGAGCAAAGGAAGAGAAAGGAUCAUCAGUGGUUGCAGGGGAGGAGGAGAAGACUGCAGAGGCAGCAAAGAGCCGCAGCAGCAGCAGCAGCAGCAGGAGAAAGGCCGGUGAUGAUGGUGGGGAGGAUGCGCUGGUGGGACGUAGUCUGGAGGAGAUGGAGCAACUAGCCAUGGCGCUGGGCGAGCAAAAGUACCGCGGGAAGCAGCUGCACCAGUUCGUGUACUCCAACCAGGGCUGCGACCUGAGUGACCUCAAGCAACUGCCUCUGGCAUUCCGAGAGCGUCUGGCGGAGAGGGGAGUGGUGGUGGGGCGGCCUCCCGUGCACCACGUGGCCGCUGCUGCUGACGGCACCGCUAAGCUGCUGCUGCGGCUGGCGGACAACCGCCUGGUGGAAACGGUGGGCAUCCCCAUGGAGGGCAGUCGCAAGGGCGCACACCACCUCACUGCUUGUAUCUCCUCGCAGGUGGGGUGUCCUCUGCGCUGCUCCUUCUGUGCGACGGGCAAGGGCGGGUUUGCGCGCAACCUGCGGGCGCACGAGAUCGUGGCGCAGGUGCUGGCGGUGCAGCAGCUGUUCCAGCACCGCGUGACGAACAUCGUCUUCAUGGGCAUGGGCGAGCCGCUGCUCAACCUGCCCGCUGUCUUGCGCGCGCACAAGUGCCUCAACCAGGACGUGGGAAUAGGCCAGCGCAACAUGACGAUCUCAACAGUGGGCGUGCCCAACGCCAUCGCCCGCCUCGCUUCCCACAAGCUGCAGUCCACCCUCGCAGUCAGUCUCCAUGCGCCGAACCAGCAGCUGCGGGAGGCGCUGGUGCCGUCAGCCAAGGCGUACCCGAUAGAGGCGCUCCUGGCGGACUGCCGCGCCUACUUCAACUCCACGGGCCGCCGCGUCUCCUUUGAAUACACACUGCUUGCGGGGGUGAAUGACCAGGUGGAGCAUGCGAGGGAGCUGGCGGCGCUGCUGCGGCGCCAUGGCGUGGCACACCACGUCAACGUCAUCCCUUUCAACCCCAUCUCGGACUCGCUUUACAAACGGCCCAGCAAAGCCUAUGUGAUGGCGUUUGUGGAGGAGCUCAGGAACCAGAGGAUCACGGCUUCGGUGCGCCACACGCGGGGCAUGGAGGCCAAUGCGGCAUGUGGGCAGCUCAGGAAUGAUUUCCAGAAGGUGCCGCUGAGCAUGGCAACACCGGUGGAGGGAGGAGAGCCGCUUGCGGGAAGCGUCACAGCUCUGGCAUAAAGCCUGAUGGAAUAUGUACCUACUAGUUGAGUGGUGCUGUAACACUAACCACAUAUCGGUUUCGCUUUCAGCUGAUUCAGGCAGUUGGAAGGGUGUGCCUGCAUGCUGCAGACACAGAUAUUGGCCCAUCUGUGUGGAAUUAUGCAAUAUUCAGAGUAGCUUACACCAGGUCCCAAACACACGUUUUUCCCUAAAUUCCCUACCCUAACCUG